CUACAACCUCCUUAUAAAGGGACUCUCUCUCACGUUGUGUCUUGGAAAUUAGAGCACAUUGCCUAAAAUUGAGGUCUCCACACAUACACACACACACUCUCUCACACACGCCGAGUCGCCGCUGCCAUGAACUGGAUGAACGUGGAGGAGACGCUGCGCAGGCCUCUCUUCUGGGUCGGCUUUAUCACCGUGGCCUCCCUGCUGCUGUGGGUCCUCUACAAGCUGCUCUCAGGCUUCAGGAUCUGGGUCUUGGGGAACGGGAUGAUGCUCUAUCCAAAGCUGGGCAAAUGGGCAGUUGUGACGGGCGCCACUGAUGGAAUCGGGAAAUCCUAUGCGGAGGAGCUGGCUCGCCGUGGAUUUGCCUUGAUGUUGAUCAGUCGCUCCCAGGACAAGCUGGAUGACGUGGCCAGGUUACUAAAGGAACAGUACAAUGUGGAGACCGGGACCAUUGCAGUGGACUUUGGCAGGAGUGACAUCUACGAAAAGAUCGAGGCGGGGCUAGCUGGACUAGAGAUCGGUGUUCUUGUGAACAAUGUUGGUGUUUCCUACGACUACCCCGAGUAUUACCUCAAUAUUCCUGAUCUGGACAAUUUCAUCACAAACAUGGUCAACGUCAACAUAACUUCAGUCUGCCAGAUGACCCGCCUGGUGCUGCCCAGGAUGGCCGAGAGGUCCAAAGGAGUCGUCCUGAACAUCUCCUCUGCCAGCGGCAUGUAUCCCCUCGCUCUGCUCACCGUCUACUCUUCCACAAAGGCCUUUGUGGAUUUCUUCUCUCGUGGCCUUCAGGAAGAGUACAGGCGUCGGGGCAUCAUCAUCCAGAGUGUGCUGCCCUUCUUCGUGAUGACCAAAAUGACUCGCAUCAGGAAGCCCACCCUGGACAAACCCACCCCCGACCGCUAUGUGCUGGCUGAGCUCGCCACUGUGGGUCUGCAGAGCCAAACCAAUGGAUAUUUCCCUCAUGCCGUCAUGGGCUGGCUGACUACCAAGCUGGUGCCGAUCGACCUGGUCAUCUUCUUUGGAGCAAGGAUGAACCGUCUGCAGCGCACCGGGUACCUGAAGAGGAGGAAGAUGAGGGAGCUGAAGAACGGAGACGCUCUGAAGAACGGAGACGCUCUGAAGAACGAUUAGGAAGACGGCUGAUGAAUCUGUGGACGCCACUCUGUGCUGACCCGGUGCAGCGUUAAAGGAGAGAUUGUGAUUUUUGGAUCUGUAUGGUGAAUCCUCCAGGGUUGCCUGAGUUUCACAUGUGUGCCUUCAGUCAAAUGUGCUCGGCAAAGCGUGUGUAAGACUUUGCGUUUGAACGGUAAACUAUUCCCUGAUGUUGUUUUGUCUAAAGAGAAAUGGUCAAAGAAGGCAGAAGUUAAAAUGUAAUGCUGCUCUUGGCAAAGGAGAUUAAUCCAUAUUGUCAAUGACACUAAUGGUGAAUAUAAUACAACCACAAAUUAAUGAGGGAUUUGUUAACCCUGCUGUUGUAAGCAGUGUAACAUGGUGGCGGGCAUCUUUUUAUAUGUAUGUAUAAUUAUUUAUUUCAUAUUUGUAUGAACGCACGAGCCAAACUGAGACCUUUUUUUAGAGUUUAUCUUUCAACCUUGUCCUGUUUACAAUUCAUUUAGCCAUUUAAAGAUGGCCACAUCUGCGUUCUGUCAGUUCUCUUGCAAUACUGAACUGCUAUCAUCAUGCAUCGGCUCUUUCAUAAUAUUGCGUGUUUGCAUUAUAUUUAAAAUGUUGCUUUUGUGGUGGGUUGCUGUCACACCAACGUGUCACUUGCUCUAAACCAAAGUCUUUCACAAUAACAGCAGCAUUAAUCCGAAGUGCCUUUUUCUUAUGACGAAAAUGCUGAAAAUGGUCAAAUUUAAUGAGAGGGUGUUGAAUGGUUAAAAUGUAUUAUUAUGAAAGGAUGUAAUUCAACUGGUAUGAUGUCUAAUGUGAACUAAACAGUUGCUCCGUUUUGUGCCUUUUUAAUUGAAAUGUAAACCUUUAGCCAAAGAAGGAAAACCUCUUAACCGACUCAGUGUAGAGCAAAUAUCCUUCCAGUUGAAGUAAAACCUAAAGUGUGAAUGUUUUACAUCAUUGGCUACAGUCUGGUUCACAUACUAAGACAUGUUUGCUUCAGAAACAGGACGACUGCGCCUCUUUACUCAGUUGAUGUGUGUGUAAGUGAAAACCCCGUAUGAAUUGGUCUGACCAUUGCCUUAACUAAGCGGUUAUGUGAAUGCUUUUCCUUUUUGUAACGAGUCUUUUAUAUAUGCUUCUAAAUAAAAACAAUUGAAUUUCUACAUGUAAAGUGCAGUGGCAACUAAUGUUUUCAACAUGUUUAUUAAUAAAAGCUCUGGCACAAAGCAAA